GCUCGAUAAUAAUGCACCCACCAUGACAGUGUCCGUUUCCGAGAUUUUUGGAACACCAGAGCCGCCAGAAUUUAUCGACACAUCAAAUCUAAAUGCCGAAAACGCUGCAUCUAUGCAGUCUGAAACAAGUCCGUUUUCGCUGAAUGAUCUCUUGUCAGAUUCGCUGAAUGCGAUUGGAAUGAACCCCACACCUUUGUCACUGCUUGCCGAGCCAUCACAUGGACUCUAUACAGCUCAAUUUGUGCCUCCGCCCAACUCAAAUACCAUGGCGAUUGAUGAUACUAUUAUGGAUGAUAUACUUUCUCCAUUGGUAGGACUGUUUGGCUCCGAGUCUCAAUUUCUUGCGCAGACCAACCUUUCGCCAACCUUGAUAAUUGGUUCCCAAUCGCCUGACAGAAACAAGCAGCACUCUCAAAGGGCAGUAGCCUCAGUUCUGCCAUCCGCGCUCGCACAUUCUCGCCACACAUCAGCACCAUAUGCGCACUCUUCUGCUAAGCGUUCCAAAGAUCUAUCGUCACCACUUGGAGCUGAAAGAUUUUCUCAACCCACAUCCAAUACAUGGCUCAUGCCACUUGCUCCUGCGCCACCAUCUGGCCAAAAUGUCGACAUGCUAUAUUCUCAAUUAUGGCAAGAUGUAGACAUACCCAGUCUGAUUAAUCAACCGAUCACCAAUCCACUCACGCAACCUUUCCAGCACAAUCAAAUGAUAUCGCAGCCAUCUGUAUUCUCUGCUCUGAUACCAAUGGAAACUAUGUUGGUCUCAGCAGGACUGUACCAAACAAAUAAUCAACCCUUUGGAUCCACGCAGCCUGCAUUCAAAGUGGGUAGUACUCCCAUGCAACCUGCAUUCCAAACGGAUGCGUAUGCCUCUUCGGCCAUGGCUGAUACCUUUACUCCACAACCACAAGACUCGUUCAACCAUCUCGGGCUAGAUGUGGAUUUGUCAUCACUUUGGUCUUUAAACACCCAACACGUAUCUCAUACCAUGCCAAUGAACCUGCAAUAUACGCCAGUGAAUGUCGGACCAUCAAUACAGACAGCUGCACGCUCUCAAUUAGGAAGUAGAUACAUCAAUGCAAAUUACAUUCCAAGAAGCUUAUCAGCCUUUCCACAGGAACCUGAUCCCAAUCUGCAAACUUUUAUUGCCAAAUAUCCUAUGGGAUACAACACUGCCGGCACACAAUGAGUAGUGUAAAAAAGUGGAUCGAGAGCUGCCCUUUAUCCACGUCACAUUUUCACGCAGCUCAUCACAAUUGGUAACAAUGGGGUGAAAUGGAUAAAAUAAAACGAGAAAUUAUCAGC